ACCGCUACUGCUCCCUUCUCCAGGAGUCUGGGUUCCCUGCCACCCAACCGGCCCCGCCCAGGUGGCUGUCCGUGACCUCCCUGGGCGUAGGGAACGGAACCCCGGAAGGGGCAAGCCGAAUUCAGAUCGCCAUGGGGCUGUUUGGAAAAACCCAGGAGAAACCGCCCAAAGAGCUGGUCAAUGAAUGGUCAUUGAAGAUAAGAAAGGAAAUGAGAGUAGUUGACAGACAAAUAAGAGAUAUCCAAAGGGAAGAAGACAAAGUGAAACGAUCUGUGAAAGAUGCUGCCAAGAAGGGCCAGAAGGAUGUCUGUGUGGUUCUGGCCAAGGAGAUGAUCAGGUCAAGAAAGGCUGUGAGCAAACUCUACGCAUCCAAAGCCCACAUGAACUCCGUGCUCAUGGGGAUGAAGAACCAACUUGCGGUUCUUCGAGUGGCUGGCUCCCUGCAGAAGAGCACAGAAGUGAUGAGAGCCAUGCAGAGUCUCGUGAAGAUCCCAGAAAUCCAGGCCACCAUGCGGGAGCUGUCCAAGGAGAUGAUGAAGGCUGGGAUCAUAGAAGAGAUGUUAGAGGACACUUUCGAAAGCAUGGACGAUCAGGAAGAAAUGGAAGAAGAGGUGGAAAUGGAAAUUGACAAGAUUCUGUUUGAAAUUACAGCAGGGGCCUUGGGCAAAGCACCCAGUAAAGUGACCGACGCCCUUCCGGAGCCUGAACCUCCAGGAGCAAUGGCUGCCUCAGAAGAUGAGGAGGAGGAAGAGGCCCUGGAGGCCAUGCAGUCCCGGCUGGCCACACUCCGCAGCUAGGGGCACCUAGCUGUGCACUCGAGCUCUUGCCGUGGCUCUCCUGCUGGGUGCAUGCACACUCCUUCAAGGCAGCCGCCAUGUUCUGCAUCUCUUGCACUACACCCUGUCAUGAGGCAUUGCUUUCUGGAAGGUUCUCUGCUGAUACAGUGACUCCCCAGGUUAAGAACGUCCAAUUUACGGACAACUCCUACCGAAGAGUAGACUGCCAUAAAGCCUAUUGUAUUAAAGAUUUGAGUUAAAUACAAUGGUUUGUCAUCAUGAGUGCUCGUACUACUUUGUGAGGCUCAAGAAGCAUUUCUUAAGUGUUUUAUGUGCAUAGAAAGGUAAAAUACAUACUAUAUACUGAGACAAACAUUUGACUAACUGUGCUAAGAACAGUACGUACCUGUUCUGACUUACCUACAAAUUCGACUUAAAGACAGACUUAGGAACAGAUCUCAUUCAUGACCUGGGGGACUGCCUGUAUCGCUUCAUUCUGUGCAGAGGUCUUAGGGGCUGUGUUAGGUAUCAAAGGGAUUGUUCUUAUGAGAGGUGGUGUAAUUAAAUGCAUCAUUUUCAGGGGUAUAAACGAAAGUAUCUUAUUAGGAGGAGGGCAAAGAAUUCUGUCUUCUCAUAAAGUACUUCUGAGAAUAGAGUUGAUUGCCUGAAUGCUGAGGACUCUACAAUUUUUUUUUUUUUGGUCUGUAAACACUAUGUAAAUGGAUUUUAAUAAAUUUCUGCUUUAACACUUGGUCUUA